GAAUGCAGCAUUACGUAGUGAGAGGGAGGAGGUGCGCCAGGCUAUACGUCCUAUAACCCGCCCCUUUAAAAUAACAUCCCAACCUACAAAACGACUCCUGCUUUGAGUGUUUCAGCAGUGUUCUAAAGUCUGUAUCCGAGUUCAGCGGAGAAACAGUCACGGCGACUCGACGGUGUGGUGUAUCUUCUCUGCUGCUCGUUCUGGUUCUGGCUGGCGCUCCUGUUAGGUUACGACGAGGAGACUGAAGUGACAUUUACGUUAAUUAAUUCAUCCACAACAACAAUGGCAGCACAGGAAUUUAAUUUCUUGCUGGCAACCGAUUCCUACAAGAUCACACACUGCAACCAGUAUCCUCCAAAUGUCAGCAACAUCUACUCCUACUUUGAAUGCAGACGCAAGAAAGGCUCCCAGUUCAGUGAAGUGGUGUUUUUCGGCCUUCAGUAUCUGUUGAAGAAGUACCUCAUAGGCCAGGUGGUCACAGAACAGAAGAUUCAGGAAGCCAAGCUCUUCUUCCAGAUGCACUUCAAACAGGCUGUGUUCAAUGAGGAAAGCUGGAGGAAGAUCCUCGAGAAACAUGAUGGCCGUCUUCCUAUCCGGAUCAAAGCCGUCCCCGAGGGGAGGAUUAUACCCAGAGGCAACGUGCUCUUUACUGUGGAAAACACUGAUCCUGACUUCUAUUGGCUCACCAACUACAUUGAGACCAUGCUGGUCCAGAUGUGGUAUCCAAUCACUGUAGCCACCAUAUCCAGAGAGUUUAAGAAGAUCCUGGCAAAGCACCUGAAAGCCACCUCUGGGAGCCUGGAAGGUCUGGACCUGAAACUGCACGACUUUGGCUACAGAGGAGUCUCCUCACAGGAGUCGGCAGCAUUAGGCGGAGCAGCUCACCUGGUUAAUUUCUGCAGCACGGACACAGUAGCUGGGCUGCUGAUGGCUCAGCGAUACUAUGGUUGCCCGAUGGCUGGUUUCUCCAUCCCAGCAGCAGAGCACAGUACCAUCAUCUCCUGGGGAAGGAACAGGGAGAAGGAGGCGUUUGAGCGAGUCCUUGAGCAGUUCCCCUCUGGGCCCGUGGCCGUGGUCAGCGACAGCUACGACAUCUUUAACGCCUGUAGGAACAUCUGGGGAGACAAGCUGAAGGAGCGAGUCAUGGAGCGCAGCCAGGACUCAUGUCUGAUCAUCCGGCCGGAUUCUGGAGACCCCGCAGAGACUCUCAUUGAGGUCAUCAAGAUUUUGGAGGAGUGUUUUGGCUCUUCUCUGAACUCCAUGGGAUACAAGGUUCUGCCCUCUUACCUGCGACUCAUUCAAGGAGACGGCAUUGACCUCAGCUCAGUGGAUGAGAUUCUCCGGAAGCUGGAGGAUGAAGGCUGGAGUGCUGAGAACUUCUUCUUUGGAUGCGGCAGCGCUUUGCUGCAGAAACUCAACAGAGACACACUCAACUGUGCCUUCAAGUGCAGCUAUGUGGAGAGUAAUGGCAAGGGGAUGGAUGUGUACAAGCAGCCGGUGACCGACCCGUCCAAAGGGUCAAAGAGGGGUCGAUUAUCUCUGAGGAGAAACACUGAUGGCUUAUUGGAGACGAUAGAGAGAGGGGCAGGCAAGCCUGAGGAGGACCUGCUGGUGACUGUUUUCGAGAAUGGCAGCCUCCUCCAAGACUACUCCCUAGAGGAGAUCAGGAAGAACGCUCGUCUGAGUGACGAGGAGUUGAACCCCAUCCUGUACAACCAUGAGCAGGAGCUGCUGCACAAUCGCAUCAUUAAUGGGAGUCAUUAAAGCAACCACAAAGCCUUUGCACAAUGCAAACAAUACUUCAGUUUUUUAACUGAAGGAGGAAAGGCUCUCGGGUAUAAGUCUAAACAUAUUGAAUAUAUAUAUUGGGGAGGGAAAUGAUAUUUUUUUUAUAACCUAAACAAAAUAUGAAGAGUUUUAUUGUUUGUAGUAAUCAUCAGGGAUGGGUUAGAAUUGCUAGUACUUGUAUACAAUAUUGGAUUUAAGGUCAUGUCCAGCUCAAAAAUUACUUUGGUUUGUGUAAGAAACACAAUACGUAGAAAUGUACAAAUGAAUACAUAACGCUGACCAGGAGUACAAAGGAAGCCCAUUGCUCUGCAACAGUUUGGACAACAAGUAAGCCAUACCUGUUCUUUGAAGCUCUCGUUUCAUAUUCAAAGUCACUUUUCUUGACAGUGGUUUGCUCAACGCCCUCUCUAUUGUUAGCCAAUCACGUGCCCUCUGUCUCUCUUGAACUAGCAAGCUCUGGCUACCAAAUGUAGCCAGAGCAGCAACAAUGCUAACCUUGCAAUGAGUCAGAAAACUACAGGCGGCUGUAGAUUAACACAGUAACUAACAGUAACACAGUAACUAAGCUUAGCGCGGAUGCUGAUGCUACCUAGCUAGCAUUGUUGCAAACAGGUACUGACCCUUGAUGUAGCUAAUUGACUAAUUCUGGUAGCAGUUUCUGAGACUCCUUGCUUAAGAGAUAGGGGUCAUGUGAUUGAUGCUGAAAGGUGAGCCGGAGCUGCGUUAUUAGUUUGAAUAUUUUAGUAAUUAACAUAAGUCAUUGCUAAUCAUGCAAAUUACAAACCGUUAAUGUGAUGAUGCGUUUGUUUUUAACAUCAAGAGAUUUGGCAUUCCACUUUUGAAGUCCACACACUUUGUUUGUGCAGAUAAACCUUUGAAGACAGACUGAACAUUAAAGGUGCUACAUUCUGAGCGUAGCUACGAUUUGAGGGAUUGCCUGCAAACAGCUCUCAACAUGUAAACGGAUGAGCUGGGGUUUUUUUUCCAAUCCUCUUCUCCGUAAAACUAAUAAAUGUAACAACAUAGCAGACCCUAUUGGUCAGAUGGAUGCCUGAUCAGUAAAAUACUGGACCUCAAAUUCAAAAGGAUUGCUGUGACACUCAAUACAUUUAAGUCACAGUAUGUUGGCAACCUUUCCCCUCCAAUGUAUUUUUUCAUCAGUGUUAGAUGAGGGAAAUAAUUGAAAGGAUUUACAGACUAAUAGUCUGUAGCGUUAGUUAAAGCUAUUUUCUCACUCGUACAUUGACAUUAAAAUAAACAGAAAAUAUAAAGCAAUCGAAUAAGACCGUUAGAUGACUGGUGCAUGGUGUAACGUUACCAUAACAGCAGUGCAGAAAUUACUUUUUAUCACAGGGGGAAUAAAGAAACAUUAAGACAUACUAUCAGAAUUGUGCGCCGCGUGCUGGUAAUCCUGAUAUAUCGUGCUUUUGUGGGGCCAAAAAGUCAACUGGACACUGCUGUCUUGAAAAAGCCUGCUGGGAUGCUUUCCCUUGUGAUCGUGCAGAGCAGCUGUACUGCUGUGAAAAGCCAUUUCCAGUCUGCACAGUUUACAGAGUUUACUGGGUCUCUGUCUAAAAUACUUCCACACUUGGAUGGUUGGCGAGGUUUUCUCGCUGCAGCUUGUUUUCCGGGGGUGCACAUGGUUUCACCGAGCUCAUCCAUACCGGCAACAAGCCGCAGCACAUUAUGCAAAUCAACAUAUUUUUGUAAUCAAUGCCGUUGAUCAUGCCGAAGAAUCGUCCCUGUCCUAACUUAAUGAGCAUGCACUGCCGGUCCGGCUUUGGUAAACAAAGCACAGAGAAGCUCAUAUCACAGCACACACAGAGGGAGAGGGAUUUCUUUCUCUGCUCAGGUAGACAUUACCCCACUGUGUCUUUUACAGAGCCAAACGUGGUUUUAUGCUGUAAUGAUGCUCAUAGUUUCACAACAUGGCACCUUUUUUAAACUGCCUUUAUUUAAUUGAUUGCCGGUCUGUUAUAGUGCCCUGCUAAAAUGAGUGCAUUAUGUAACAAUCUACUAGAUGUCAGAUAGGAUUUGGAAUUGGCAGUAUUGAAGAUAUUGGAUCUCGAUCGGGGGAACACAUAUGUGGGAUGUCCUUGGAUGGAAUAAUACAGGUCCUGGUAAAGAGAGGAUGCUUUGUUUAAAGUUUUCUUUGAUUGGCUGAUGAACCAUGGAUUGACUUAUGGGAUUUCAAGGAAACCUUCUCUAAUGCUCUCCAUCACAUUAGGUAUUUCAGUACCAACCUGCCUUGUCUACUUUAGUUAGUAUUUUAUUUCCGUUCCAAAACACUGGGUCGGGACCUGCAAGUGGGUCGCAGGAAAUUCUAUUUGGGUCGCCAAUUAGCAGAAUACAACAAUAUGUCCACAGUUCCCGUUUGAGCCCCAUGAGGGAGCCUUAAUGUUCAAAUAGCUCAGAUAAUUGUAGUCUACUGAUCGCCUUUCAUAUUAUAUUAAAAGUUAACGUUUGUUUUGUUUCCUUAGCUGAUGAGAGGAAAUGAAAAAAAUGAUUCUGUUUACUAAACUAACUAAAUACAUUUAUUUUACAAGUUUAUAAAUCAAAGUUGUGAUUUAUAUUUAAAAUAUAUGGUGAUGGUUGGACAUUCAUAUACACACGUUUUCUCAAGGUUUGGAGAAAAAGGCCUGAUGGUUUGUCUUUCUUUUUUCUUCUUUUUUUUUAAAAGUGGAUCCCCAGUAAAGAAGUGUAUCAUGUGAUUACCUGCCUUUUUUUAAGCAACUUGCUGUAGAAUAAAAUUGGAAGUGUCUCUUUUGUUUUGGGCAGGUAGCAAUGUAAUGCUGCUGGCUUUUAUCACAAAAGAUAGAAGUGACAGAUGGAAAGACCAGCUAGUCCAGCUAGAAUAUCUAUGCAUUCAACAAAUGACUCCAAAGAUGCUGCUUGUAUUUUAUUUGUUUUAUUCUCGGCUCUUUAAGGACAGUCCUUCGUCAUUUGUGAUCCUUCUCACUCUUGUUAGGCCCCUUUUAUUUCCUGUUAACAUGUUUGGCUUCUUUUCAAUAAUCACUGGUAUGUUUUGUUUCAGACUGCUUGCAUUCGAUUUUUCUUGCUGAUGACCUACAGAUCUAUUGGGAUUACUUGCUGCGUAGUAUCGGCACACAUUUAUUUAAUUAUAUUUUGUAAAUAUGCUUUUGAAAAUGAUUUGCUUUGUAACUUAUCUUUUAUCUUUUAAAAUGAUCUGUAUCUUUAAUUUUAUUUGUGUUUUUUUUUUUUUUUUUUUUUUUUAGAACCAACCUUUUGUAAGAUUAAAAAAACUGUAAAACGAUC